AUGCUCAGAGUUAGUGGACUUUCUUUAGUCUGUCGGAGAAGUUAUGGGUUGUGGGGUUUCAUCUAUCCUAGAGAAAGCCCAGCUGUUAGACUAUUUUACAAGACAUUGAGCCUACUUGGGAUACCAGUUGGAAUUUUAACAGUUUAUAUUGCCUUGAAAAAUGAGCAUCAUCAUGAAGAAGAAAUGAAAGAAAAGGAGACAUUCAUUCGUGUUUUUCCCAGAGAGAUAAGGAAGCUACAUUGGGGUGAUGGUAAAACUUACUUUACGGAUCACAUUUCGAAAUUAAUAAACUAUACGCCGCGCGCCACAUCUACGUUUCCUAAGCCAGCAGAUUAG